AUGGCAACAGCAAAGACAACUGCAGCUGCAACUGCAGCAGUAGCCGGUGAAAAACGGUCAACAGUUAAACUGGAUACGAUGCGUGAAAUAGAAAAACACAUGCAAAAAUUAUGGGCCGAUAUGAAAAUAUUUGAAGCUGAUGCACCAAGUCAUUCUACUGAUAAUUCAAAUACAUUUUUGGCAACAUUUCCAUAUCCAUAUAUGAAUGGUCGUCUUCAUUUAGGUCAUACAUUUUCAUUAUCUCGAUGCGAGUUUUCUGUUGGUUAUCAACGUUUACGUGGUAAACAUUGUUUAUUCCCAUUUGGAUUUCAUUGUACUGGUAUGCCUAUUCAAGCUUCUGCUGAAAAACUAAAACGUGAAAUGGAAGAUUUUGGUUUUCCACCCAAAUUUCCUGAGACAACAAGUGAAGAUGUUGAAAGAGAAAAAGAAAAAUUAGCAAAAUCAAAAGAAAGUGAAAGUAGUAAAGUUGAUAGUAAAUUUAAGAGCAAGAAAAGUAAAGCAGCAGCAAAGAGUACUGGUGAUAAAUAUCAAUGGCAAAUCAUGCGUAGUAUUGGAAUGGAUGAUGAUGAAGAAAUUCGUAAAUUUGCUGAUCCAAAACAUUGGAUUUCUUAUUUUCCAUCAGUUGUAAUAAAUGAACGACGCCAAUCAACUUUUAAACCCAUU